UACAGGUUAAGCCUGUCGUUCCCCUGUUGGUCUGCAUGUUCCGUGGAUGUCCUCUGGGGGGCGCUGAGGUUCAGGUAGAGCGAGCAGGCGCUGUUGUGUAACGUAAUGCUGUCGAGUCAUGGUAGCGGUUGUUUAACUUGUGAACACAUUACAAGGACAACCGCUUUGUAAGUAUGACUACACACAGCUGGUGGUAGUAAUGACAGACACAUAGCUGUGAGUUAUUGUGCUCUGGGUGUCAUUACUGAAGGUCGUUUGAACUACAGUUAGAGACGAUAAGCAAGCUAAUAACAGCUCGGAGGACUCGCUCGACUCCCUGGAGUAGCCUCGGUUACUAACAAGUGGACUGUGUACAGUGUUUGGACUUCACAGCUGCCUGCCUGGGAAAGCUGCAGCCAUGGUGUUUGUGCAGAGCUACUGUGAAGCAAAUUCCUUCAUCUCCAUAACCUGGGUGGAUGAAGGCAUCGCCCCCUGCUUCUACUUCACACUGGUCCCCACCAUCCUGCUCUCCCUCUCCUUCCUCCUUGGCACCAUCCACUGCAUAUGCUACCAAAAGUAUGGCACGCAAAUGGAGCGCAAGUUCAUUCCUCGCUCCUGCCUCUAUGGUUUUCAGCAGGUCCUCCACGUCUUUCUGAUCAUCCAGUUUCUGGGUGGAAUGAUUUGGAGAGCCACGAAUGCAGAUGAACUUCCAGGGUAUGUGGUGCUGUACGGCUGCUUUUCCAUCCUGGGAUGGGCCUGGGCUAUGGCUCUACUCAGGGUGGAGAGGCGCAGGGUCCUGGUGUCGGAUCGGACAAGAGGACACAGUGCCGUCCUGCUGCUGUUCUGGGCUGUAGCUUUCUGUGCUGAGAACCUGGCUUUUGUGUCCUGGUACAGUCCUCAGUGGUGGUGGGGCCUGGAGAACAAACCACAACAGGUGCAGUUGUUCCUGUGGAUGAUGCGCUACAUUAGCACUGGGCUGCUCUUCUUCAUCGGUCUCAAAGCUCCAGGGUUGCCAAGGAGACCUUACAUGCUUCUGAUAAAUGAAGAUGAGCGUGACGUAGAAAACGGUAGACAGAGCCUGUUGGGAAGAUCAGAGGAGAACCAGUCCACCUGGAAGGGAUUUUGGAAGAAGGUCCGUCUGCUUGUUCCCUACAUGUGGCCACAAGGCAACAAGUUUCUCCAGCUGCUGGUCCUCUUCUGUUUGGGGCUGCUGGGAGUGGAGAGGGCUAUUAACGUCUUUGUACCCAUUUACUACAAGAAUAUUGUGAAUGAACUGACUGAUGGCAGCAGCUGGCACACUGUAGCCGUUACAGUGUGUAUUUAUGUCCUGCUUAAGUUCAUGCAGGGUGGAGGAGCAGGUUCCUCUGGAUUUGUCAGUAACAUGCGCUCUUUCUUCUGGAUCCGCGUGCAGCAGUACACCAAUCGACUGGUUCAAGUCAAUCUGUUUGGCCACCUGCACUCCCUCUCUCUGCGCUGGCAUCUGAGCCGCAAAACUGGUGAAGUACUGAGAAGUAUUGAUCGUGGCACAGCUUCCAUUAAUAGCUUGCUCAGCUACAUAGUGUUCAGCAUCUUUCCAACCAUUGCUGAUAUUAUCAUCGCCAUCAUCUACUUCAGCGCUCUUUUCAAUGCCUGGUUUGGCCUUAUUGUCUUCAUCUGCAUGACCCUGUAUCUCACCUUGACGAUCAUCAUCACUGAAUGGAGAACCAAGUACAGACGAGAAAUGAAUCAGAUGGAUAACACUGCCAAGUCCAGGGCUGUGGACUCCUUGUUAAACUUUGAGACGGUAAAAUACUACAAUGCAGAGAACUAUGAGGUCGGCCGGUUUGAGGGUGCAAUCUUAAAAUAUCAGGAAUCAGAGUAUAAAACCCAGGCAUCUCUGGCCUUACUCAAUCAAACACAGAACGCCAUCAUUGGAGCAGGACUGCUGGCUGGUUCCUUGCUCUGUGCAUACUUUGUCACAGAGGGAACGUUUCUGGUUGGAGAUUAUGUUCUCUUCGGUACCUACAUCAUCCAGCUGUACACCCCACUCAACUGGUUUGGGACAUACUACAGAAUGAUCCAGACUUCCUUUAUUGACAUGGAAAACAUGUUCCAACUUUUCGAAGAAGAUCAAGAGGUGAAGGAUGAAGUAAAUGCAGGAAGCCUUCUCUUUAAACUGGGGAAAGUGGAGUUUGAAAACGUUUACUUCAGCUACACAAACGGCAAGGAGAUUCUCAGGGAUGUGUCCUUCACAGUUCUUCCAGGACAGACAGUUGCACUGGUUGGGCCGUCGGGAUCUGGGAAAAGCACAAUCAUUCGACUGCUUUUCCGUUUCUAUGAUGUUCAGGGAGGCUGCAUUCGCAUUGAUGGCCAGGAUAUAUCAAAGGUGAAACAAACAUCUCUGCGAUCUCAUAUCGGCGUGGUUCCCCAGGAUACCGUGCUGUUCAACGACACCAUCCGGGAUAACAUUCGCUACGGUCGCACCACUGCUAAUGACCAGGAGGUGGAGGAGGCUGCACUCGCUGCUGAUAUCCAUGACAAAAUCAUGACCUUCCCUGAUGGUUAUGAUACCCAGGUGGGGGAAAGAGGACUGAAGCUGAGUGGAGGAGAGAAGCAGAGGGUGGCUAUCGCCAGAACUAUCCUCAAAGCACCACAAAUCAUCCUGCUGGAUGAGGCCACAUCUGCCCUGGACACACAGACAGAACGCAACAUCCAGGCCUCUCUGGCCAAAGUCUGUGCCAAUCGCACUACAGUGGUUGUAGCUCACAGGUUGUCCACCAUCAUCGCAGCAGACCAGAUCCUGGUUGUCAAUGAAGGGCGGAUUGCUGAGCGUGGACGACAUGAGGAAUUGCUACAAAAAGGAGGUUUGUAUGCAGACAUGUGGUUAAAGCAACAACAGGCUCAGGACUCAGAUUCAUCAUCAGACACUGAAACCAAAGAUCGCCAGUCUGAGAAACUACAGCCACCAUCGACCUCCUCAGGACACCACGGGCACUGAAUGUAUUUGCUUUAAGAAAAAUCUUUUUGUAUUCUUUGUUAUGGUUGUAAAAAGGCAAUGUGUGAUUUUAAAUGUUUUGAACACUCAGCAAGGUGAAAGUGUUAUUUAUUGCUAGAUUUUCUAAAGUGAAUGUGCAAUGACAGGUCAGGCUAAGGUGCCUAAUGAAACUGAAGAGGUAUUCACACCUUUUAGACUUUAUCCAAUAGUUGUGAUUCCAGCUACGGUUUUGAUGCCAGGAGUUAACAAAAGAUCUAAAACUAAAAAGAAUUGGCACAGGAGAAGAGACAGAUGAUACUAUGUGCUCACAAACUAAACAUAAUGGGGACCUGCUGUGCUUUUUCUCUCAUAGAUGUACUGUUACAUGUGCAGAUGCUCAUUUAAAGACCGCCAAAGAUCCAAAAAGAUCAGUUUAUGUAUAAUUAUUCCUGUGAGCCAGAUGUUCAGGUUGCAGACUGCUCAAAUUCACAAUUUGAGACUUUUUUUUUUCUUGUUGUGACUCUCUAUGAUGUCGAAGAGAGGGGAAAUCCCUAAUUAUCUCAGUCACACAACUCUCACAGUAAGCACUGAAACCCCACCCACCUGCUCCACCUGCUGGGCAGAGGAAAGUUAGACUAAAGAGUUGGACUAUUGGAGCUAUUAGAGUCUUAGAAUACAAAUAUGGAGGUGCAAGAAAAGCAUAAUGGGUCCCCUUUGAAUAAAAUGUGGUGGUGGUGGUGGGGGGGUUCCCGUCUUUCCUCCACCUCUCUACCAAGUUUCAUGAAAAACCAGCUUAUUCGUUUUUAUUGUUAAUGAGAAAGAAGCUAUGGGGGUUGUAUAUUUCUGCUUCUGCUGUGGAGCAAUAAUAUGACCUGAGACACAUGAAAAGUGAAAUCAGUCUUGACACUGUAUCUUGGUGUGCUCAGACUGUUAAUUCUGAAUCCUGCUGAAUACUAUAUGCUUAAGAAUAGAAUGGUGUUAAUGUCAUCAGGGAUUUUGUUUUGUUAUUUAAAGUUUUGUUAGCUGAAUUUUGAGCUGUAUGUAUUUGUACAUUCUUGGAGCAGGAGAGAGGAGCUGGUAGUGCAUAAAUAUAUAUCUCCAUGUUUAUGGUAGUAAAAUAAUGGGCAUUCAUCAUCAUUUUCUGUGUGACACUGACAAAAAUAUAUAUUUUUUUCAUUUUCUUUGAUAAUAGCAUUGUUGUGUCAGGGUUUGUUGAUUGUUUUUCAUCAUUCAGUUAUCUUUAGACAUACUGAUUCAUGCCUGAAGUUGUACAGUCCAGCCUUCCAUUGGCAGAAAGACCACAGACAUUUCUCACGGCAGAGGUUUCCACUCGGCAGAGGUUUCCACUCGGUAUGUGGAUGUAAUGGGGCCAAGUUAUCGAUCUGCGCUUGUGCUCAGUUAGCAAGUCAAAAUAUCUGCAUGAAAAAGAAUGUCUAGAAAUUAAACGUCCAUAGAUCUAAGUACAGCCAUACAAUUUUAAAUAAGUUAUUUGCUGUCUUAUAUCUACCUCACGAAAGGUGUUGUUCAUAGUUACAGGUUUUGGAAAUACUGUUUUAUCAUGUAAUCAUGAGCAAUAAAUGGCAUUAUUUCCAUC